ACAAAUACUAUUCCCACUACUACUACCACUCUUACUAGUACAAUAGUCUGGAGGAACCCAGGAGUAAACUCCAUCCCAGACUCACAUGGUAGUCGCUACCGCCCCCCAUCUUACCCCACCUACUCACAACACUCCAGCAGCCGGCACCCCUAUGUCAUCACUAGGCCUGACCCAGUAAGAACUCCACUUCAAACUCCACCCCCUAUAAAACACGCUAUAAAAAACACACCCUCUCUACCACACCCUAUCAAGCCCAAACUUUUUCUCCCAGACAUUUUAGAGACCCCUUCCUCUGCAGUCCCCACCACCAGAGCUCUCUCCAGCUCCCCAAAGACCUCCACACCCACCACAGACAGUCAGGCUGGACUCAACCCUGAGUCCACCCUUCCUCAUUCCCCUCCCGCGUCUCCAGCACAUAGUGUGACUGCCCAACACCCCCCUCAGACCUCCGUCUUGCGUGUCCAGCCCCGUAUCGCUCCCCCUCACAUGCGCCGCAUGUCUGUCCCAGCUGAGAUUGAUGCCCUCCUGCCCUGCGAGGCCAUUGGACAGCCUCCUCCAACAAUCACCUGGACCAAGGUCUCCACAGGAGCUGUGAUGUCACUGGACUACAAGGCAGAGCGUUUCCAGGUCCUACCCAACGGAACCUUUCUCAUCCGGAGCGUGCAGGUCCAGGACCAGGGGACAUAUAUCUGCAGCGCACAGAACUCUGUGGGCCUGGACCGUGCCAUGGUGACCCUGGAGGUCUGGUCCCGCCCACCCCGCAUUCAGCUACCCAACCACAGAGAUGCAACGGUGCACCAGGGGGGUGAGGUGAGGUUAGAGUGUCGGGCUCAGGGGGUGCCGGUUCCUCUGCUAUCCUGGGUGCUACCUGACCGCUCCGUCCUAACCCCCGACCCUAACCCCAACCCUGCCCUUGGCACUCACCCCCGGGUGUCUAUAUUCCCUAAUGGUACUCUGCGUAUCUUGGUGGCCGGCCCAGCAGACAGAGGACUGUAUCGCUGUGUGGCCUCCAACCUAGCAGGGGCUGGCAGUCUGUCAGUCCGACUCCAUGUGUCCUCUCUUCCUCCAGCCAUCCAGGAGCCCAGAGAGGAGAGGGUAACCCGGCCCGCUGGUUUGCCUCUCUACGCCCAAUGCUCUGCCCGGGGAGCUCCCGCUCCCUCCAUCCGCUGGAGGACCCCUGACGGCACCUUUCUGUUCCCCUCUCAAUUCCUCAACGGGAACCUGUUUGUCCUCCCCAAUGCCACCUUGCUGAUACGCAAGCUAGCCACUAAGGACUCUGGGAGCUACGAGUGCCUGGCGACUAAUGCGGUGGGCGGGGAUAAGAGGACGGUGAGGGUGGAGGUGACUGGAGAUGGAGGAGGAGGAGAAGUUGUCUCCAUGGAGAAAAUGACCUUCUCUUCCAUUAACAGUACAUUUGAUCUUCCCCCCUCCUCCCCCGUCCUUAACCCUCCCCUCCCACCCUCCUCCCCCCUCAGUAAGGCUAGGAUCCUCUCCACCUCUCCAUCCAGUUCUAUAGUCAUAUAUGGUGAAUCUCUGCUCCUUUACUGUUCAGCAACCGGCAACCCAGAGCCUAGAGUGGUCUGGAGGGUACCUGGCAAGAAACUAGUGGAUGCUCGCUACAGUUUUGACAAGAGGAUGAAGGUGCACAGUAAUGGAACGCUGUAUAUCCAGUCCGUGACGGAGAAAGACGGGGGGGACUAUUUAUGUGUCGCGCGAAAUAAGAUGGCUGACGACUUCCGCUUCCUCCAGGUCACCGUGGCAACAAAGCCUGCUAAGAUUGAGCCAAAGCAGCCAUCAAAUCAGAAAGUGGUAUUGUACGGAGCAGCUCUAAAGGUAGACUGUCUGGCGACCGGCCAGCCCGACCCRGCGGUAAGAUGGAGCCUCCCGGAUGGAACCUCAGUGAAAAGUGUCCUGUUGCAGGUGGAAGAGAGAGGGAGGCGCAGCCGGCGACUGGUGGUUUUUGACAAUGGAACACUGUUCCUCCCCUCGGUGGGGAUGGGGGAGGAGGGGGAGUAUGUCUGCCACGCUGAGAACCAUGGGGGGAGGGACACUAUGAGUGUGAUGGUCAAAGUCCUCGCCUCACCUCCCUCCUUCCCCAGUACCAAAUAUGAGGUCAUCAAGGUGCAACAAGGGGGCGUAGUGGCUCUGAACUGUGGGGCUAAAGGAGAGCCUGUCCCUACGAUCACAUGGCUCUCUCCAAUGAAUCGUGUCCUCCCAGUGGAAGAAUCAGGUCCGGUUGUGGUGCAGCAAGACGGGUCCUUGGUGAUCCAGGGGGCUAGAGGGGCUGACGGAGGAAACUACACCUGCCGAGCCAGCAAUGUUGCUGGGGAGAGGAGCAAGGUGAUGGGGGUGGAGGUGAUGGUGACACCACCCAGCUUCACACUCAAUGGGGCUGGGGGUGGGAUCAAUGGGGCAGACAGACAGAUAGCUGUUGUUAGUGGUAGUGGACUGAGUGCUGUGAUCUCCAUCAGCCAGUCUGCAGGGAGGGAUCAUAGGGUCAGUGCAGGUAAUUGUGUCAGUAAUAAUGGAGACAGUAAAGUAGGGGACCAAAGGGUCUCAGCAGUUAGAGGCCAGACAGUUCUUCUGCCAUGUUCAUCCCAGGGCUUCCCUCUCCCCCGCCUGGCCUGGUUGCUGCCCGGUAAUGGGGUUCUCCCGGUGCCCUACUAUGGCAGCAGACUCACCGUGCACCGCAAUGGAACCCUGGAGCUGAGGGGGGUGAGGGCAAGCGACUCCGGCAUGCUGGUGUGUGUCAAUCGUGGCGAGAGGGGUGAGGCUCGGAUAAUGGUACACCUGGAGGUCUCAGACACAAAGGACACACCUCACUCCAGAGGCCCAGUGACCACCGAGAAACCUUGCCCAGUAGGCCCAGUUAGUACAGAGCAACCUCGCCCAGUAGGCCCAGUUAGCACAGAACAACCUCGUCCAGUAGUCCCAGUCAGCAGAGAGAAACUUCGCUCAGGAGGCCCAGACAGAGAGGAGACACCUCGCCCCAGAGGCCCAGUGACCACAGAUAAAUCUCGCCAGGAGACACCUCGCCCUACAGGCCUAGUCACCAAUGAGAAACCUCACUUAGCAGGCCCAGUCAGCACAGAGAACCCUCUGCCAGGAGUCCCAGUCCAAGGGGACACACCUCACCCAAGAGGCCCAGUGCCAGAGGCAGGGAGGAGUGUUGUCCUGGAAAGGAAGCCUGUGGUCACCAGCAUAUCAGGCUCUCUGGUCAGCAUCAUCAACGGAGACAAUCUACAGCUACCCUGCCCCCAGACAGACAGCCCCAGUCAGGGCUCCAGCCAGACAGAGUCUCUGACCUGGAAGUUGCCCAGCGGGGUGGUCGUGUCUCGAGGCCAGGCGGCAGGGACGGGUCGGUACUCAGUCCUGGAUGACGGGACUCUGACGGUGCCGCAGGUAUCUGUGUUUGACAGGGGGACCUACUCCUGCCGAUCCACCAAUCAGGACACAUCGUCUAUCCUGACAGUUCCAGUGAUUGUCAURGCCUACCCCCCUCGCAUCARCAARGGKCCCCCUCCCCUSACCUACACRCGUCCUGGUGUUGCRGUMCAGCUKACCUGCUACGUCAUAGCAACCCCCKGAGCGACCAUCACCUGGGAGAUGCCGGACCAAUCCCAGCUCAGGGUCACAGGUCAGGCCCGUCUCUAUGGCAACCGGUACCUGAGUCCCCAGGGUUCCCUGGUGAUCCAGAACCCGACCAGCAGAGACACUGGGUUCUACCGCUGUACUGCACGGAACGCCAUUGGAACCGACACCAAGGCCACUUAUCUACAUGUGAUCUAACAGAACACACACACAUCAUUUUUGCCCAAAGAAACUGCAAAGUUGAGUGCAGAAAAUAGUGUUCAACUAAAGACCGAGGUGUUGAUUAAAGAUUGUAAAUAGAGAUAAAAACAAACACAUGCAUCUUACAGCCAGAGUGUGUUAAAUAUGUACAAGAAAUCAGCAGCUGAGAAGCACCAGCAUCCAUCAUCAAUAAAUAAGUGUCAACACAAACUAUACCAGGCUUUAAGAACAUCAGCUCUCAAAACACACGUCAUGCAAUAGAACACAUUCAGCUCUGUAUCACAACCUGUAUGUUUAUGUCAACCUUUACCUCCUUAAUAUCUUAAAGCUGCCCUAUUUAUCUUGUUUUAUAGUUGUGUACUGUUGAGCAGAGAAAAUGUUUGAUAGUGGUCACAGAACUGCUCCAGUGAUAGUUCUGUGGAGCCUCAGGAGUCUGCAGCUCUCUGUGUCUGCAGCUCUCUGUGUCUGCAGCUCUCUGUGUCUGCAGCUCUCUGUGUCUGCAGCUCUCUGUGUCUGCAACUCCCAACUCUGCAACCUCGACCACUCUUCCAGUCAUAGGCUGUACAUACGUCCCAGAUCAUGUCAAAUAAACACAACAGUUACCAAGUCUUUGAAGAUGGUAUUUGUAGUAAUUACAUGUGUUUCAUAUAGAGUAACAUAGAUGUUUGUGUGGCUCCAGUGUUACAUCAAGUAUGUGUAAUAUCCAUGUGAAAGCUGAUAUCAUUCAUGUUUUUAUAAACACUCCUUUGAUGUUUUCAUUUAGUUUAAAUUAUUUGUCUGUAAAGACUGUGAUGUAAAGUUGUUAUGUUGUGCCUCUUGUCAUAAAGAGAGAGAUGUACUGUAUAUCUCAUCUCUCAAUAGCCUUUUUAAAUUAUGCUUUAUUUUCAACUGCUUUAUUUGAUAAAUAAAAGAGAAAAGGAA